AUGGUUAUGAUAAACAUUAUUUUGUUGUUUUCGCUCGUCUAUCUGAGACAGGUCUUUAUGGACAUUGCCUACUUCGACCCUGUGCAAUCGCAAGAAAUCACCAAAAAGGUAGUAAUUGAGCUUUUUGAUAAGGACGUGCCUGUGACCUGUGCGAACUUUUACUCGUUCAUCAAAGGUUGCAAGGUAGGCGGGAAGGAUUUUUCGUACAAGAACAACAUAUUUCACAGAAUAAUAGAUGGCUUUAUGAUACAGGGCGGUGAUGUGUUGAACGGCAAUGGCACAGGGUCCAUAUCCAGCUAUGGUGGCCGUUUUGACGAUGAAAAUUUCAAGUACAGGCAUUACCAGCCCGGAAUGCUUUCCAUGGCCAAUUCUGGAAAGAAUACCAAUGGCUCACAGUUCUUCAUAACGACCGCCGUGACAAGUUGGCUGGAUGAAAAGCACGUUGUAUUUGGGCAGAUAAUCAAAGACACGCUGCAGUAUGUGAUUGAUAUUUCCAAAGUACCUACAGACGAGUAUGAUAGGCCGAUUAACAGUGUAGUAAUUAAGGAGUGUGGCGAUUAUGUGGAAGAGAAGGAGAGAAAGGAACUGUGAUUAAAAAGCUUUUUCCUGAGCGGUUGUCUACCCUGAACGCAUUAGAAUGCCCGUGUUUAACUGCAAUAAAUUACAGAUGAACCAAGCGUGCUGUUUCAUCACCACGUGCGGUGUAGUGAUGCUCGUUAUUCAUCAUGGCAGUUGUUUCUCCC